AUGACCGAACAAUCAUCCAAACGUCGGAAGGUGCGCAAAGGCACGCGCAGCUGCUGGGAAUGCCGUCGUCGCAAGAUAAAGUGUCAAUUCACAAAUGAAGACGAUCCUAUAUGCGUCGGUUGUACACAGCGCGAGACGAACUGCGUUUCGCAGGAAUAUGUCCCUGCGCCAUCUGCGGCACCGCAGGACAAGCGUCUCGCCCAACGUCUCGGACGAUUGGAGCAAUUGAUGGAGAAGUUGGUAGAGAAUGGAUCCGAACCAAGAAAACAGGGCUCAAUACCGUCGCCUUCAGAUUCUGAAGGGCCGACUUCGACCUUGACGCAGUUCACGCAGCAUACUGUCGAUGUGUUUGAGCCUUCGGUGGCAGACAAUGCUGCGCAGAUGGCGCUCAGUCACAACGAGAAUGCCGGCCCGGCGAUAAUAACAAGACAGAAAGCGAGGUAUCCUACUCGUUCUGCGAAAGCUGCCAAUGUUUCGGCUCAACUUCAUGCUCUUUUUCCGUCGCAGCAGAUUUUGUAUGCUAUAUCACAACAAAGUCCUGGUGCACGCUUCGUUCUCAAUUCGUUCUACUCCCAGCAGGAUCAGAUUGACGGGAAGCCUGAACCCCUAUCUGCGCUGGCCCAGAUUCCGCCAAUUACUAGUCACCCUGCUGUCCUGGCAAGACGUCUCCUUCAAGUGGCCGUAUGUCUACAGCAAAUGCCGAGGUUCUUCGAUGGAAGUGCACUGGGUCUAAGUAAAUCGCCGCGCGAAACGAUGGAAGAGUGGGUUGCUGUUACGGGAAGGCUUGUUACCUCUGAUGACGACUUCGUCGGAUGCUUAGAAGGUCUGGAGUCUCUCAUCCUGCACAGCUUCUACCAGAGUGAUGCAGGCCAUCUGAGAAAAGCAUGGUUAACAUGCCGUCGGGCACUCAACAUGGCUCAAUUGAUGGGCAUCGACCGCAAGAACGCAAAGCCAAUUCGUUCGGCCGAUCCUGCAUUGAACGAGAAACAUCGCCCUUCACCACCAGUAAUCUGGUUCCGUAUCAACUGCAACGAUCGCUACCUCUCUCUCAUCCUCGGUCUCUCCAUUGGUUCCAAAGAUAACUGGUUCGCCGAAGACGAGGCACUCAUCUCCGACGCGCCAGCCGACAAACUCGGCAAAAUGUAUGCCGUGAUAGCUGGCAAGAUCGCCGACCGAAACGAGUUACAAGGGAGUGAGGCAUAUGUCCUCACGCAGUCUAUUGAUCUGGAUCUUGAGAAGACACACGCUCAGAUGGAUGACAUGUGGUGGAAACUUCCAGAUAUGACUAUCUGCUGCGGAUCAUCCGACGUUUCGGGGGAUGGGAUGAGUAUCAUAAAGCUCCAGGUGCGACACUACACACUUCUUCUCAUGCUUCACCUUCCAUACCUCCUCCGCGAUCGUGGUCAAAGACGUUACGAAUACAACCGUUCUACAUGCAUGCAAGCAAGUCGCGACAUCCUCAUCAGAUUCCUCGAAUACCGCAGUUUCUGUACAACAGCUGUAUCAGGUCGACACGUUGAUUACUCAGCGCUCGUAGCAGCAAUGACUCUCCUUCUAGGCUACCUCGGUUGGCGCUGGUCGGGUUGGGAGACAGAAAAGGAACAAGACAGAGACUUGGCAGAACGAACGAUAGGAAGGAUGCAAGAAAUGGGGUCAUUGUACAACGACACACUCUGCAUUGAGGCUGCCGACACAAUUCGACAGCUAUUGCCAAUUGUUCAAAGACAGCCAGGCUCAAGCGGAGAAAACAUGCAUCUUCACGUACCCUUCCUAGGAACGGUGAACAUCAACCCAGGACCAACACCUCCAGCGUCUACGACCAGCUUAAUGCCGUCCAACAGCACCACACCAAGCAGUGGGGAUCCGGCCAUGUCACAGUUCCCACUUUCUUUCAACUCCCCCUCGUUCGCGCAGGACAACUCCGAGUUACCCACAUGUCCCUUCGAUGGCUCGCCUGAUGUGGUGGACUUCAAUUGGCCGUGCUUCACGGCUGAUCCAGAGGAUUGGGCUCUGCAAGGUGUUGACACAACGUAUUGGAAUAUGCUCAAUAAUAAUAUUGUGGGAUAA